UUGUUUACAACCCGUACCCCAGAAUUGGAGGUUAUAGUGUGUGGGAGCCGUUUAGUUUAUCAGCAAGAUUUGAAAGACUUGAUCCAUUCAUUGACUGCGGCUGCAAGCACUUUUGGGGAACAUGUCCUCACUCAACUUUGUUCCCAGGCCUGCACCCAAACUGAUGAUCAGAUCAUUGCAGUGAAAGGAGAAAUGGCGAUCAAUUGCGAUUCCUCAUUUCAAAGCAGAAGAAGUACAGCACAAUUACCAGAACAAGUUCUUACUUCAAUAAUGCGGCUGAAAAGUUAUAGAUGCUAUCUUCGGCAAAAGCAAGUUUUUGUAGAGUCUGAACGUACCCCAUUAGUUCACUCCAGAUCAGUGAUACCAGUCCAUGCCAAAGGCUGUCUUUUGGAAUACAGGGAAAGCAACUCAGAAAAUGUAGCAGAAGAAGACACAAAGUCGUCAUUGGCUUAUUGUCAUCAUUUACGUAUAAUGGCUGAGACUCAACUUUACGGAAGCUAUAGUUCAUUUCAGUUGAAAACAUCCCUCCAGUUGUUACUUCAACACUCCAAGGUGGCCACUCUCAGUCUUGGUGGACAUACAAUUUCUUCUCUCAAGAAUUUUGAUCCUUCCUCCGCAUGCAAUAUUAUUUGUUUCUCUGACAAGGAAAUUCCAGUGUGGUUCAAACAUGAGAUGUCUUAUCAACUGUCUUCUAGGUCCAGGGUGGGAAUCAAACUACCUCCAAAAUUGCAGGAGGAUGGGAAUUGGAGAGGACUUGCUAUAUGUGUUGCCUUCGAAGUUCAUGACCAGCAUCCAACUACCUCCCCGGUCAAACUUCUCUGUCACUUGAGAGCCAAGGACAGCUAUUGCUUGAAUCCUAUCCCUAUGUGUUCAAUCACUGAAGAGAAACUCAAGUCGUUGCAUGUUGAUAGAUUCAUUUGGCUAAGCUACAUCCCCCGUGUUUUGCUAACGGAGUUCAAUGUGGUUAGUGAUGUAGAGGCCAGAAUUUAUGUUGGUUGCAAAGGCUUGACAGUGGAGAAGUGUGGUAUGCGUCUCUUGUACCGGCAAGAAGAGGGGGAGUUUGAGAGCGCGAUAACUGAGUGCUGGACCUCUUUCUUUGAUAAUCUGUCUUUCAUCCGUAGACUUGUUGAAGCAGAUGAUCAAAAUGUUCAACCAUGGACAAGGCAUGAACUUCCAAUGCUUGAAGGGCAUAUCAAGGUCUUUGAUCCGGAUAUACUAUAUAAUGCAAUUCCCACUUCUACUGAAAUUCCGAAGUGGUUCGGGCAUCCCAGUAACGCCAAGGACGAUUACGCCAACUGGUAUGAAUACCAGUUACUACCAUCUUUGAGUGACAAAAACUGGAUAGGAUUGGCUAUCUGUGCAUCACAUGGUAUUAGCAGAGGGUAUUUGGUGGAACGUUAUUCCUACCCCUUUAUUUUAACAUUGAAAACUGGAGACAAUGGCUUGUCAUCUCUCCAUCGGUAUGAGAUGACCAAUGAAGAAUCUGAGUUCCUAAAGCGUUGUUGUAAUGUGCAUGGUGAAUUCAUUUGGCUCUCCUACAUACCACGACGCUGGUUUCUACAUCAGCUAAAUGACGAGUCUGUCCUCAUUGUUUCAUCUAGUGAGAACAGCUGGAAGCCGCGCACGGUAUAUCUCCGUUUUGUGUAUGCGCAUGAGGUGGAAGAGUUUAAGCAGCUUUGUUUCAAUCUUCAUCGACCCCCUGCCUUCCCAACAGUAAAAAGAUCAGGAUGACGUAAUGCGGGAUUUUAAUUCUUGUAUUGUACAUUCAAUUAACUUAACAAGACAGGGAUUGAAUCUGUGAUAAAUUGUAAGUUUGAGCCAGAGACAGAAAUUUUCAGUUCGAAAGACGCUCCGAGUGUUUAAAUCUUCUCUGUUAACUUGUGCAUAUACAACGGGAAAGGUGAGUACGUACUAUCAGUUUGAGCCUCUGAGGCAAAGAUCAAAGCCCGAUAGCUUAUCUUGGACCAGUCCAGAAGGCUCAUAUUAAC